AUGUCCGCUUCAGGUAUCCCAGACGCCCCGACCCCCAGUAUACCAGGGCAAACUCGAUCGGAGACGCCCAAUGAGGGGGACGAGGCUGGGCGGCAAGUGACGUCGGUUGGCCUUGAAUCACCGGAGCACAUUCAGAAUGCGAUCACCGCAACAGAUAGCACAGGAAGUGCUUUGCUAGAUCAGACAAAAGAGAGAACUCAGAGCGCGUCAGACCCCCGAACGCGAGGGUCAACGGACAUACCCACUGUCAUGGAUACUCCAGGCACUGCGUCUGAGAGAGAUGCCGCUCUAUCGGAGCAGAUGGGUGAUGUCUCAAUAGCAGCCGAUAGAACGGAACAGGAAUCUAUACCGGGCACAAGUGCGAGUCCGCCUCCUCCACCGGAAAAGGAUGAGCCGUACGUCAACCGAGCCGGUAUUAACGAUCGGGCGGAGAAAGAGCUGCCAGACGUCCCGGACGGCGAUGACAAGAAAGCAUACAAUGGCAAGGAGCGUGCAAACGAUGAUGAUUCUCAACCGGAGAUUCAGAGCAUCAUGGGACAAUUUGCGGAGGCCACUCAUGACGGGGCUCAGGAGCAAGUUUUGUCCCCUCGCAUGGAACUGGCUGAGCAAUUCCUUGGGGCUCAGAGCCAUUUCCCACCCAGGAAAUCAAGCCUGGAUCAAGGUGUAGCAGCAGGUAUCAACCAGCAGACCCCAAAAUCUAGGUCCGUGUCUUCGCAAUCACUCGAAAAGCAACCUUCAACGACUGCCCACAAACUCCAUAGAAACUCCACCGCCGAGGAGUUCACAUUGACUCGACGUUCCUCGACCUCAACGAUUCCUCCGCCUCCAGAACCAGAGCCUGAUCAACCCUUUGAUUUUCACCGCUUCCUCGAGCAAUUACGGCAUCGCACCGCUGACCCUGUCGCCAAAUUCUUACGUUCGUUCCUUCACGAAUUCGGCAAGCGACAAUGGAUGGUCCAUGAACAGGUCAAAAUCAUUAGCGACUUUCUAGCUUUUAUAACUAAUAAGAUGGCGGCAUGCGAAGUAUGGCGAGACGUGUCUGACAGCGAAUUUGACAACGCCAAGGAAGGUAUGGAGAAACUCGUGAUGAAUAGACUUUACACGCAAACAUUUUCACCGACAAUACCAAGUCCUCCAUCAAUCCCGCGAAGUGCGAGCAGAAGCAAGCGGCGUGAGAUGGAGAGAUUGCAUGGUCCCUGGAGGAAGGGCCAACAUCAGGAAGACGUCGAGCGGGACGAGGUGUUGGCGCAGAAGAUGCGAAUUUACAGCUGGGUAAGAGAAGAGCAUCUUGAUAUCGCGCCAGUGAGCUCCUCAGGUCGUCGAUUUCUCAAUCUUGCUCAGCAAGAACUUCUGAAAAUCAACGGCUACCGGGCACCCCGCGAUAAAGUAAUAUGUAUUCUUAACUGCUGCAAGGUUAUCUUUGGUCUAUUGCGGAAUGCAAAGAAAUCGGACACUUCAGCAGAUUCUUUUAUACCGCUAUUAAUUUAUGUGGUACUUCAAGCCAAUCCGGAGCACCUGGUGUCUAACAUACAGUAUAUCCUUCGGUUCCGCAAUCAGGAAAAGCUUGGUGGUGAAGCGGGCUAUUACCUAUCCUCCUUGUCCGGAGCCAUACAAUUUAUUGAAACGCUAGACCGCACCAGUUUGACUGUCAGCGAUGAAGAAUUCGAAAGAAAUGUCGAAGCCGCCGUUUCGGCUAUUGCGGAACAAAACCGUGCAUCCGAAGUAGCAGAUCCAAGAACAUCCUCCGAAAGCGCACCAGGCCCGUCGCGCAAAUCCGCCGACGUACCGCGCACCUCCAGCCGAAGGGAGCCAUCACAAUCUAGGGAAGAGGAUAACGCACCAGUAGCGGGACUAUUGAGAACAAUUCAGAAGCCGUUGUCUACUUUAGGUAGGAUGUUCUCGGAUGAAUCCGAAUCACCGCCGCAAGACAUGACACCUCAUCCUGGAAUGACACGGCGAUUAACUCCCAAUAUUUACCAACCGCCUCGUGUUAGCGGCGAAGAGACGCGACGACCGGCCGAAAGAUCCCACCCUCGUACAGCGCAGCCCUCACCUUCAAGAAUGCUUGAUGCUCAAGAUGCCGCUGCCCGCCAGGCUAGCGCCGAGGAUGCGCAGGCCCGUCGGAUCCAGCGAGCCGAGCAUAACAAUGUAGUCGAGACACUCGCAAAUAUGUUUCCUAACUUGGACCGUGAUGUGAUCGACGACGUAGUCAGGAUGAAAGAGGGAAGGUUAGUCGCUCUGCAGUUUCAUUAUCUGAAAGAUGCGGUGCUAACUCGGCUGAUAAUAGGGUCGGACUGGCAGUAG